AUGGGGCCGAUGCGCGCCUCGCCUGCCGGAAUCCUUCUGCUCGCCCUUGCCCUAAUCUCAGCUCAGAUGAUGAAGGCAGUGCAUGGCGACGACACGGUGAAGCGCAUGACACGCCGUAGCAUGCUGAAUGCUGCACAUGGCACAGUGCCAAAAAGCACCAGCACGGGCAGCACCAGCACGGGCAGCAGCAGCACAGGCAGCACCAGUGAGGCACCGACCAUGCAGGUUGCGACUGAGGUGGAGGUUGGAGGGCUGCAAUGGAGCUUCAGCAAGCAGCGCUGCGUGAGCGUGCCCAAGGAGGCGGCUAGGCAGGGUACCGUGAAAGUGUGGUGGACGGGCGGUGGGGGCUCGAGCAACGGCGCGUAUUCGGGCCACAGUGCCUCAAGCUACUGGGGCGCGAGCAACGGGGGCUCAAGCAAGGGCGGGUAUUUAAGCCACAUAGGCUCAGGCUACGGUGGCUCGAGCAAGGGCGAGUUUUCAGGCCACAUGGGCUCGGGCUAUGGGGGCUUGAGCUAUGGGGGCUCGAGCUACGGGGGCUUGAGCUACGGCGGGUAUUCGGGCCACAGAAACUCGGGCUAUGGGGGCUCAGCUCACACGGGUUCGAGCAACGGGGGCUCGAGCAACAGUGAUUCGAGCAGCGAGGCGCAGGGUGUUCCGUGCGCGCAGGUCAAGUUCUUCGGGGAAGAAGGCUGCCAGGGCGAGGAGGUGGACAGUGUUGUCAACCCGGGGAUUAUUACUGCAGCCAAGUAA